AUGUAUUUUCCCCACAAACCAUUAAAUCUCCAAAUUACACACAAAUUAAAAAAAUCUUAUUCUUUCUCAAACACAAAUGGACUCCCAUUCGAAAAUCAAAAACGAAUUCAUCUCUCUUCGAGAUCAUCCAUUCCCUUGUCGAUUUCGUUACGUAUCUGAAGUAACCAUUCAACAAUCAUCAUCGAUCAAAACUUAUCCAUCGAACUAUAGUAGUACGAUUGAUGAGAUUCAACGUGUUGGAAACAAUGAACGCAAACACUUUAGUCAUCGACAUAACUUGUUAACGUACUCGUUGCGUGCCUCGGACUCUGUGCACUGCAAUUUCUGCGAGACAAUAAUUUCAGGCAUGUCGUACGGAUGCAAACGUUGUAGGUAUUUCUUACAUGAGUCAUGUUUCGAAUUUCCACAAAUUAUCGAACAUUUAGCUCAUCCUGAACAUCAAUUAACUCUCAAGUAUGGUAAUGACGAUCAAUUUAAUUGCAACGCAUGUCACGUUGGUGAUAAUCCUGCUUUAUUAUUCAAUUUUCAUUAUUCAUGCGAUCGUUGUGAUUUUUCUCUUCAUAUGGGGUGCGCGUCUAUGCCUUAUAAAGCUCUUCACAAGGAAAUGGCGUUAUCUGUAUUUUACUCGAAUCCUUUGAGGAAUGAAGCCGGACCGCUCCUUUGUGAUAUCUGCAACCACUCUAUAGAAAAACAGAGUGGUUGGAUAUAUUAUAACUAUGGCCAUAAUUUUCUUUCACAUUUCGGGUGCGUCGCUGAUAUUGUAUACGGAAAAGGCGGAGAUGAUAAAGAUUAUAUCAUCGGUGUUAAAAGGGGACUGAUUAAUGUCGAUGGAGACGAUACUUCUAUAGUAAACUAUCGAGAUAACGACGAAGGAAUUGUGAAACAUAAGAGAUUUUUCCAUCGACAUGUUCUGCAACAACUGGAUAGGUCGAUGGAUAAUAAUAACAGUGUGAAGAAUCGAAAAUGUGGUAUUUGUGGUAUGGAUAUAAGUUCAGAUAAGAAAAAAGGAUGUUCGAGUUGUGAUUUCAUUAUUCAUGAGAGGUGUUCUUUUUUGCCUGAGAAAAUUCAACAUCCGUUUCAUCCACAUCCACUGUCACUCGUUCCUAAAAAAGACGGAGUUGAAGUUCAUUGCGUUGGCUGUCGUCAAUCAAGUGGUUGUCACACAAAUUACACAGUUUUAUACCAAUGCAAAAUUUGUGAAUUUCAACUUCAUCCGUCAUGUGCUGCAAGUCCAAGGAGAUUGAAAAAGCUUGAUUUAACUUUGUGUUACUCGUUUCCUUAUAAGAAUGAAGUAUCAAAGUUAUACUGCAACUAUUGUUCAAAAGUUAUCAGUAAGGAUGAAUGGCUUUACUAUGGAAGAAGUAGUGAUGAGAAGAGGCACAUUACUUGUCAAUUGGCUGUUGGGAUUUCGAAUUGUUAUGUCACUUUACGCGAUCUAGAGGUUGAGUAAUUAAUUAAACUAGUUUUUUCUUCUGUAUUAACGCAGAAAUCGAGUGAAUAUUUGUGUUAGCCAUAACGAAUAUUACUUCUUUUUUGUGGUUUCAUAGAAUGCUUUAUUUUUAUGGAUAAAUUUUGAUGAAUAGAUAUGUAUGUACUUUGAAAAAUGAUAAUUUUGUUCUAUGUAA